CUUCUACCAUUCUUUCCCUCAGGUCUCUCUCUCCCUCCACAACCCAACCCAACCGAACCCAACCCACCCCACCACCCCCCUCUCUCUCUGUAAAUGCUUCUUGCCACUAAAGGCUGUGCUUUUCUCAGAUUAUAACGUACCAGCUUUCGGUUUGCGUUAUAACUGAAAUAACUCUGAGACGAAUUAACAUAAACAAACGAUAUUUGUAUCGAUGGCACCGGUUUCAUUGCCUCCUGGAUUCCGUUUUCACCCCACAGACGAGGAACUUGUCGCGUAUUAUCUUAAAAGAAAAAUUAAUGGCCAUGAAAUCGAGCUCGAAGUUAUCCCUGAGGUUGAUCUAUAUAAGUGUGAACCCUGGGAUUUACCAGGGAAAUCAUUAUUGCCAAGCAAAGAUUUGGAAUGGUACUUCUUUAGUCCAAGAGAUCGUAAAUACCCAAACGGAUCAAGGACAAACCGUGCCACAAAAGGCGGGUAUUGGAAAGCAACAGGGAAGGACCGAAAGGUGAACUCGCAAUCGCGAGCCAUGGGAAUGAAGAAAACUCUAGUUUACUAUAGAGGGAGAGCACCCCAUGGUUCUCGUACCGAUUGGGUUAUGCAUGAGUAUCGUCUUGAUGAAAGAGAGUGCGAAACCGCAUCUGGCUUACAGUUACAGGAUGCCUAUUCGCUUUGUCGCGUGUUUAAAAAGAGCUUGAAUCCUCCAAAGGCAACCACAACCGGAGACCAAUAUACAAGCAUGGCUAGUGAUCGGUCAUCAUGCUUAAACCUAUAUUCUGAGGGAAGAAUAGGAGGUGAGGACAUGGAAACCAGCAAUAAUCAAACACCAUCAAGGGCUUCAGGUUCCUCAACCAUCCUUCAUGGAUCACAUAAUUAUCCAAGUGAUACAAAUGAUGUCAAAUGGACUCAAUACUUAUCAGAAGAUGCAUUCACCUUCAGUAAUCCAUCUUUUUCUACCUAUGGCAAUCUUCCUUAUCCUCCAUCAAAGGUUGACAUAGCUAUGGAAUGUGCAAGGUUGCAGCACAGAUUAUCUCUACCUCCAUUACAGGUUCAAGAUUUUCAUCACAACGGUGUGACCAACUACGUCGACUUGAAGAACAUACCACAGUCCAGCAAUGGACCACCAAUUGGUUCUCAGCAGGAUAUAUUGCAUGAAAUCCUUUCAGUUGGUUCUCAAGAUCUCAUCAAUCAGGAUGCAUGGGGUGGAAUUGAUAACAACUUUUCAUAUAUGACAAACAAUGACAUGAAUCAAAUGCAAGGUAGCGGAUCAUUUAGAUUCAUGGGAGAUGAUCAACAUACAAGGAAUAUUGAGAUCGAUGAUGUCGAUGGACAAAUGAAAACGGAUGGAAUGGUGGAAAAUUUGAGAUGGGUUGGAAUGUCAAACAAUGAUCUUGAGAUGGCCUUUUUCGAUGAUCACAAGAGUGUUUCGAUGGAGAAGAUAUCAAGUUUUGGAAGGGAAGAACAUGAGGUUCAAGUAUCAGGUGAAACGAGUCACAACAACACAGAUGUCAACUUCGGAUUCCUCAAUGAAGAUAUGAACAACCUUAGCAAUAACUUCCUAGAUGUCGAAGAUGACUUAGACGAUUUCUCGGCCACUCCAACGUUUGAAAUGUACCAAAAAACCAAAGUGAGUCAUGGGUUGUUGGUAUCAACACGACAAGUCUCCAACACAUUCUUUCACCAAAUCGUCCCAUCACAAACGGUUAGAGUCCAAUUAAACCCGGGGAAAACAACAACACAUGAAACACAACCUGUCAAGAAGCUAGGGUUUGAGAAGUUCAAAACAUAUGUGAGUUCAAAUCGAUUGGAGACCACAAGCCCCGUUGUGAACCUGGUUUCUCUUUUGCUAAUAUGUUGCAUCUAUCUUGGAAGUAAAUCAAUACCCGACGAUGAUGGUAAUCGUGGUGUUGAUGGUGACAGUGAUGAUGAAGACGACGAUGAUGGAAAAAACAAUGAGGAUGGAUACAAGGGAAAAUGGUGCAUGUCAAAUUUGGUUAUCGAAAAGGUGAUAUGGCCAUGUGUGACCUUAGCUGUAGCGUUUUCUACUAUAUGGGUGCACCACAAUUAUUUGCCAAGCUUUUCUUGAUUUAAUUUGUUUCAUUUAUAAAUUUAUGUACUCGAAUUAUUCUAACCAAAUAUACUCAAAUUAUUCUAACCAAA